AUGUAUAUGUAUAGCCGGAUAGGUGUAUCAUGUACCUGUAUGGCCGGGCACGUGUAUCAUGUACCUGUAUGGCCGGACAGGUGUAUCAUGUACAUGUAUAGCUGGACAGGUGUAUCAUGUACAUUUAUAGCCGGACAGGUGUAUCAUCCGGACACGUGUAUCAUGUACCUGUAUAGCCGGACACGUGUAUCAUGUACCUGUAUGGCCGGGCACGUGUAUCAUGUACAUGUAUAGCCGGACAGGUGUAUCAUGUACCUGUAUAGCCGGACAGGUGUAUCAUGUACAUGUAUAGCCGGACAGGUG